UGACGCUUGACGAGGAAGAUGGUCUCCAUUAUGACAACUUCAAAAUACCAACAGUAGCCAGAGGGUUCUAACUGACUGACAGCAAUUAUAUAACAAAAGUGUUUAUUUCUCGUUAUCGCGUCGAGUGUCUGAUACGUUUUGAAGUAGUUUAGCGGGCUAAAAUUAGCUAGUCAGCUAGCAUGAACUCACAGCUUUUGUUUACAUCCAGUCCUGAUGAUGGGCCCGGAGAGGUGUGUUAGCUAACCCAGCUACCCGACUUGUUUGAGGGGAAAGUGUCUUUCUACCGCCCGCACUGUCAGGACCGGGGUCGUCCAUCAGAACCAUCAGUACUGCUGCCUCCUCAGGGUGAUGGAAGUGUCCCCUCAGGAUCCAUCUCUCAUGGCUAUGGACCUGUCAAAGGGGUACUCCAUCAACCCCCUGACCCGCAGCCACACUGAAGCCAUGGACCUGGUAAAGAAGCCCGAGUGGUACCACAGACUCCCACCGAGCUGCAGCACCGAGAUCAGCUCCCCGUACAGAUCUAGAGCCUCGUCCUCCUACAACUCUCAGCUGCAUCCUGAGCUGGGAGCACCUGCCCUCUGCAGAGACAUGGAGCAGGGCCCCCAGCCAUUAGGCAACUACAUGAAUUCAACACUAGCUCCCGGGUUGGAUCUGUAUCAUGACAACCUGUGGCAUCCGGGUUUCUACGGGCCCGACCAAACUGGCGACCCGGUCCCCGAAAGCAGCGGAGGAGAGGAGAGUGACAGCGGCUCUGAUGUUAUUUUCCUCCUGUCCUCCGCUAAGGAGCCGCUCUUAUGCAGUUCUUUCAUCCAAGACAGUGUGAGGCACAUUGUGGAGCCCCUGUCCCCAGCUGUGUCCUCACUGGACGAAGGGAGAGGUUGCUAUCACCUACCUCAGCCUCUGAGCUCACCCAGUCCUGACAGCUCCUACUCAGAAGACUCCUCAGACAGCUCGGUGGACAUUCCAGUACAUCACACCAGGCCCAUAGUGCUCCUGUCAGAUCUGAGUGCUGUUUACAGGAACCCUGCCGAAUCUCCGGUAGACGUCUCAAGCGAUGACAGCGACGUUAUCGAAGUUUCGGUCACUAACAAAAAGAAGAAAAGCAACGCCUUCUCUUGUAAGAAAGGUGUUUCUUGUAGGAAGAGUUUGGUGAGAAAAACUCCUCCUCCGAGCGAGGAUGAAAAAGCUUCACACAGAGUUCGACGUAGUACCAGAAUCCGUAAAUCUGUGCCCGAAAUGCCUCAAUAUACCUGCAGUGUGUCUCGGCACAGUUUGAGGAGACAAGCUAAAAUGGACGCAGUGGGUAUUUAUAACGAAAGUUGCGAUUCUGAUGACAUGAUGGAGUACGCGAUGAGGCUGUUCAGCUCGGAUGCAAACGAGUUGGCCCCCAAGCCAGACGUGACCCAAAGAGUGAGCAGCAAUUCAGAGGAGUCCGACGUGGAUGGUUGGACAGACAGGAAGCCCCCGCAGACAAAGCCGCAGCCUCGCCGCAAAGUGUUGCACGCGAAAAGUGCAAAUCCUAAACUAAAGAAGCCCCUCGCCCUUCGUAAAACUAAAAGGUUGCGAAAUAAACAGAAACAGAUCUGCAGAAUCGCAACAGAGCAGCACGAAAGGAAAAGAAACAAAAAAACGGUUGCAACACGGAAGAAUAAAGCACGCCCGCGGACCGGGCCUUCUGCUCUGUUUUCUCCAAGAGAGCCGGAAAUCAAGCUCAAAUAUGCAAACAAAAAACAGGAAAAAAAGAACAAGAAAUUGGGAAAUUUCAGCCCUUUUAUUCAUUUGAAGAAGAGGAUGUGCACUGUUGUUAACUAUCAGGAGGAGGAGGCUAAAGUAAGGAGCAGCAGAGCCCAGCAGCAGACCGCCACCAGAUCUCCGUCUGGGUUUGUUCCCAGUACUUCCUGUUUCCAGCUGGGUCGGUUCAGCUCGGAAAGCAGGUGUCAGGCCACGCUGGUGUGCUGCCUGUGCGGUCAGACGGCCAACGCCAUGGGCCUCGGGGACCUGCACGGCCCGUAUUACUCCACCGGCCCGUCUCGGGACCGCAGGAGCGAGCAGAAAGAGGAAGAGCAUUUACUCGUCAGUAGACGUUCAGUAAAUGCCUCAGAUGACGGUUUCUAUGGUUACGACUGCUCUGCUUUGUUGGAGAGCGACAACCACUCUAUCCCAAAGGUGCCUUUUCAUCUGGAUGAGGGCUGGAUCCACGAGGACUGCGGGAUCUGGUCCGCCGGCAUCUUCCUGGUCCGAGGGAAGCUGUAUGGGUUAGAGGAGGCGGCGCGGCUCGCACAGGAAACAAUAUGUUCAGCGUGUCAACAAACGGGUGCAAUAAUGGGAUGUUUCCAGAAGGGCUGUCCCAGAAAUUACCACUACGGUUGUGCCAUUCAGUCAGGCUGUGUCUUAAAAGAGGACAACUUCUCAAUUAGAUGUCCAGAGCACAAGAACACGCUGUUCACAAGCGUAACCAGACAACACAAGAGAUGACACGGAAAAAAUUGGGGGGCACUUGAGAAUGAUCCACAGAUCUCCUCAGGGUGCGACAUGAUCUGCCUGAUUUCACUUCACGUUUUAUAACAUGAAUUAAUGUUUGAGCAGAAGGGGAACCUUCUGGUAAGAUUCCACUCGACAUCAAAGACAGAUCUAUCAGGGUCCACUUUAGGAUUUUUAUAAGAUGUGUCUGUGUGUGUGUGUGUGUGUGUGUUUGUGCGUGUGUGUGCGUGUGUGUGCGUGUGCGUGUGUG